AUGGUUGUCUGUGCUGAUAAUGAUGACUUGUUUGAAGGUCCAGAAAAUGAAAAUUCAUUUUAUACAUUAAUUGAUGAUAGUGAAAGUGAAACAUCAGCCAACAGCAAUUAUUUGGAAGAAAUAAAGAUAUUAAAUUUGUUAUUACAAGAUAAUA